CCGAGUUGCCGGACCUGUCUAUAAGACCGUGCUCUCGAUAAGUUACUAAGUUGCAUCUUAGCGUAUCAGUAAUGCGUCAGUAGUGCAAUAUGUUAUAUUCUUCAGCGGCGAUUGGCGGAAGAGUGUAACAACAGUUUGCCAUUAAUAGCAGUAAUAAGUGAUUCGUUGUCGCAAUUGCAGUUAUUUAGUGUGGUGCCAACAAUUAACAUGUUAUUAAUGUACAAGAAUCGUUAUAUUUUUUUAAAGAAAGAAGUAUUUAGCAGAAGUUUUACGAAUUAAGUGCUUCUUGAGAAUACAAGUUGGGAUAUAAAAUCUAUGCAGAUUUGCUAUAUUUGCUCAUAAUACAGAUACAUUACAUAAAUGAUAAUAAUCAUUACAAUUAAUAUCUGAAAGAAUUGUGAGAGAGACGAAACGAAGGAAAGCUGCACACCAUUUUACAUUAUUCAGUAAACGAUGGUUGUUGGCGUACUACUGUCAUGUGCUGUUAUUGCAUUUUUAUAUUAUUAUGUUAUCCAUCUUGCAAGAUUCAGACGGCUUAUCAAUCUUAUUCCGGGACCACAAAUGUUCCCAAUUUUCGGUGAUGUUGCCAAUGUAUAUGAUCGUUCAGGAGAAGAUCUCUGGGAUCUUCGGGAUUUACGAUUUAAAAGACAUCGGCCAAUUUAUAAACUUUGGAGCUUGACAAUCGCUAACGUCGUCCUUAGCCAUCCGGAUGACAUACAGACAAUAUUGAACAACACAAAAUAUAACACGAAAGGCCUGGUGUAUAAACUUCUUCAUUCAUGGAUGGGAGACGGUCUUCUCGUUAGUAAAGGAGCAAAAUGGCAAGAAAGGCGAAAGAUACUAACGCCUGCGUUCCACUUUAAUAUUUUAAAAAACUUUUUUGAUAUUUUGGUCGUGGAAAGUAAUCGUAUAGUGACAUCGUUAAAAAAUAUGAAAGACUCGACUGUUCCGGAUUUACAGUCUUUCAUUAGCCAUCACACUUUGAAUAUAAUAUGUGAAACUUCCAUGGGCAUUUCAUUGCGGAACAUGGAAGCGGUUGAACAACAGCAGUACCGCAAGGCAAUUCAUGACUUAACUAAAAUAUUAUUGUACAGAAUGUUCCGUCCGUGGUAUAUUAACGAUAGACUAUUUUGGUUCUCGUCGAAAUAUAAACAACAAACUAAAUGUUUGAAAGUAUUACAUGGUUUCACAGAAAAAAUUAUUGCGGAAAGGAAACGAUAUCACGAAUCCACUGGUGGACGAUAUCUAAAUUUUGAAAAUGAGGCAGAAGAUAAUGAUAUGAUAGGAAGCCGAAAGAAGCGCCUUGCCAUGUUGGAUCUCAUGAUAGCAGCGUCCAAUAAUAACCAAAUGAGCGAUUCGGACAUCAGAGAAGAAGUUGACACCUUCAUGUUCGAAGGUCACGAUACCGUAUCAAUGGCUCUCACCUUCACUAUAUUACUAUUAGCCGAACAUAAGGAUGUGCAGGAUCGCGUCAGAAAUGAAGUCAAUGCUGUAAUGGAAGAAAACGGUGGAAAACUGACUAUGACAGCGUUACAGAAUCUGCCAUACCUAGAGAGAUGUUUGAAGGAAACGAUGAGAUUGUAUCCUAGUGUUUAUUUGAUAACACGAAAGUUAGCGGAAGACGUAAUGCUACAAUCGUAUCUGGUACCUGCUGGAGCAAACGUGAUUAUUGACAUUGUACAUCUCCACCAAAAUCCUGAUUUUUGGCCAAAUCCAGAGGUGUUCGAUCCAGACAGAUUUUUGCCAGAACUGGUGCAAAAUCGUCAUCCUUUUGCUUAUCUACCGUUUAGCGCUGGUUCGCGGAACUGCAUAGGUCAACGAUUCGCCAUGAUGGAGAUGAAAACUGUAAUUGGUACUCUGGUGCACAACUUUAACUUGGAGCCCAUUGAUCACUUGAAAGAUGUUCGAUGUUCAGCCGAUAUAAUUAUUCGCAUUGGGCAGCCCAUACGCGUGAAAUUCGUCCCAAUCUAACAGAAAUUGUGCAACUGCUACAAGAGAAUAUGCAAAUUAUGUCGGUGUGAAAACCUAAUGUAUGAAGAGAAAUAACGAAUUAUUUAUGUAUAUUA